GUCAGAACGAGAAAAGAUUUUGUGCGCUCUCAAAAGUUUCAAAUGUCAAUCUUUGAAGUCACAGAAUAACGCGUUCCAAAUUCGUUCCAACUUAACGACAUCUUCGAAUCUAAAAAAGAGAGAACAUGCUGGUGAAGACGUCGAAGAAGUCAAUGGAGUGCCAUUGAAAAAAAGGAAAAAUUUGAAAGAUGAGGAAAAUUAUCUCAAUUAUUGCAGUGAAAACAAAUCAGAAGAAGGACUGCUUCUCAAUGAUGGGUUUGAGAGAGAAGCUUCGAAGAUGGUGCUGGAUCUCGUUGGUGACGAUAACGAAGAGAUGAAAAAGAGGAAAAACAUCAUGGUUUGGGACAGAAAAAAGAAAAAAUUUGUUAAAGGAGGAGAAAACAAAACAAGGAAAACCAAAAAUGAAGCUGGUGCUGUCAUCUCGGGGAGGAAUACUAAAAAGAACGAAUUAUAUAAAACGUGGCUUGAAAAGAAGAAAAUCAAGCACGCUGACAGUGAUGAGGACGAAGAUGAUGGUGACCAAAACAAAAAUAAACAUCUGCAGCACAACAGGAGUUCAAAAAGCUUUACCAACAAUAGAGAAAGAAAAACCUUCAAAAAUGACAAGAGAAAAUUUUCAAAACAAACAGUUCCUUCUUUGAAGCAGCGAUCAGAGUUAAAGAGAAAAGAACAAAUUAUAAAAAAUAGACAAAGCGCUCAAAAGAAACAAACGUUCCAGAAAGCUCGACGAGAAAAAAGGACAAAAAGAAACAGAAAGUAGUUCAUCCAUCCAGCUGACUUCGUUAAGCGUCAAUAUUUUUAGAUGAAAAUCUGUUUAAAUUUAAUGCUAAUUAAACGUUUCAGUUUGAAAAUAAUAAAUUUUAGUCGUAACGUAGUUAUAU